GCCAGCAUUGCACGAGCGCCACCUUGCCCCCCUCCAGCCUGGCAAGCCGCGUUACCUCCUCGGCGGCAUUCCCAAUGGCCCUCCUCUGCUGCUCCCCGCCACGCAGACUUGCGCAAGAACGCUCUCCGCUUGCGUCCCUUCCGCGCUUGUCACCGUACCGUUGCAGUGUAGUAGGCGCAAACUCCCCUUUCCUACUGUAUGCGCGGCGACUUUGGGAUGUCUGUCCAACAUCCAACAUUGCUGGCAAACUCGCUUCCGUGCAAAGCCGAAUUUGCUGCUUUCGGGCCUCGUCGCCGCAGGGAUCAGAUCUAACGACGUCGCGAAAUCUAGGAGGUCAUCGUGACCAUGUCGUCGAGGCGUUUCGCGCAAGCCGCGGCGGCUUCGCCAUUUCGGGCCUGCUUGUAUCGCGUGCAUCUACUAUCCCGCCAACCACCCAGCACCUACAACCACCAACAGCUCGUCCCUUGUUCUGGCAUCCCGUGCUCCUCUCCCCUCGCUGCAGUCACUUCCAGAGCAUCAUCCCUUGCUUACACAAAUCCUUCGUUACAUGGUAACCUGACCAGAACGUCAAUUCUACCGUUACAAUCACACUCAAAGUCCGGGCCUUCCGGGAGAGCGUGUGAAUCCCACGUACCCGAGCCUCAGCCGCGGCGCUACUACUAUGAGUCAACAGCGGUGCGCGCCCCCGCUCUGUUGGGCCAGCGGGAGAGGCACGGGCAGCAGCGCGAGCAGCGGCGGGGGGUGACGUACAUGCCGCGGCCGGGGGAGAGCGCCCCCCGCACGGUGACGCUGCUGCCUGGCGAUGGCAUUGGGCCGCUCGUCACCGACGCCGUCGUGCAGGUGCUGUCGGCCAUGCGUGCGCCGGUGCAGUUCGAGGUGUGCGAGGUCAGCGGGAGGAUGCCUCGCCUGCCCGCUGAUGUGCUGGACUCGCUGCGCCGCAAUGGCGUCGGCAUCAAGGGCGGCCUCGCCACGCCCGUGGGCGGCGGCGUGAGUUCGUUGAACAUGCAGCUGCGCAAGGAGCUGGACCUCUUCGCCAACCUCGUCUUCUGCCACGACAUGCCCAUCGCCACCUCCGCCACCAACACCACCACCACCAACAACAACAACAACCACCAUGCCCCUGCCACGCCGCCCCCGCACGCCCAUGCCGAUGGCAACACACAUGACGGUGCUCGAGACCAUGUGCGUGCGCAUGCACGGGGGGACGUGGCAGCGGCGCUGCGGCGGCGGCACACGGGGGUGAACAUAGUGGUGAUCCGGGAGAACACAGAGGGCGAGUACAGCGGGCUGGAGCACGAGGUCGUGCCAGGGGUCGUGGAGUCCCUCAAGGUGGUGAGCAAGUUCUGCUCGGAGCGCAUAGCGCGCUACGCCUUCCAGUACGCGUACCUCAACGGGCGCAAGGCGGUGACAGCGGUGCACAAGGCCAACGUGAUGAAGGUGUCCGAUGGGCUCUUCCUCGAGUCCUGCCGCCAGAUGGCGCUGGCAUACCCCCAGAUUCGGUACAGCGAGGUCAUUGUGGACAACUGCUGCAUGCAGCUCGUGCGCCGCCCACAACAGUUCGACGUCAUGGUGACACCCAAUCUCUACGGUUCGCUAGUGGCCAACACAGCAGCAGGCAUUUGUGGGGGCUCUUAUCUCAUGCCCGGAGGCAACGUGGGGUACAAUGCAGCAGUGUUCGAGCAGGGUGCGUCCGCGGGCAACGUGGGCAACGAGCGCAUGGUGGCAGAGCGCACGGCCAACCCCACGGCGCUGCUGCUGUCGGCAGCCAUGAUGCUGCGCCACCUGCAGGUGCCCGUCUUUGCCGACCGGGUAGAGGGCGCAGUCAAGGCCAUGCUGGCAGAAGGGGCCGUGCUCACUCCGGACAUGGGUGGCCGUGCAACGACUCAGGAUAUGGUUGAUGCCAUCGUGGACAAGCUGGGGUGAUAGGGUGGGGUGAGAUGGCAGGUGCUGGUCUUUGCGGACAGGGGCGCUGUGAAGGCAGUGUUGGCUGAGGGGGCUGUGCUCACUCUGGGCAUGGGCGGCCGGACGACGACUCAGGACAUGGGCGCUGUGAAAGCCGUGUUUGCGCAGGGGGCUGUGCUUGCGCAGGAUAUGGUUGAUGGUAUGGCGGACAAGCUGGGGUGAGGGUAGGGUGAGUGAGAGGGUGGGGUAUCUGAGAAACUCACGUGGUUUGGGGAAAGAAAAGUGGGGCGGUUGGAGAGCGGGCCACUCCUUUGCGUGGGUGCAAACGAGCGCUGCUGCUGCUUCUGCUGCUGCUGCUUCUGCUGCUGCUGUGAGCGCUGCUGCUUGCAGGUGCAGACUGCCAGCCAGUGCUCAUCUGUUGUGAACACUCAGAGUAGAGAAGUUGUUAACUGCGAGUCUAUCUAUUGCCAUGUGCUAGAUAAGUUGUA